AUGGGAUCGAUUUUCAAGAACUUCCUGGGACUCUCCAAGGCCAAGGAUGAAGACAGCUGCCCUGUCUCUCCUUCCAAGAGGCCUGUCAGGGCGCUUCCGGCUUCCUGGUACCUUUCGGAAGACCUCUACCAACUUGAGCGACGAGCCCUUUUCUCGAAGAAAUGGCUCCUCACAACACAUUCAUUGCGUAUUCCCAGCCCUGGUGACUGGUCUCGUUACGGUAUCGCCGGAUACUCGUUCAUUCUUGCGCGCGGCUAUGACAAUAAGAUCAAGGCGUUCCACGACAUAUGGACCGAUCGUUUCAACGACGACCUCGCUGAGACGCUCCUUACCAACGCCAAUGGCGACAUCGACACCAUUCACGUCCACACCGAUCUGAAUAACUUUAUCUGGAUCAACCUCGACGCUGGCGAGCAACCCGAAAUCACCUGGGACCGCGAUUUCAAAGACAUCGACCUCCAGCCCCGCUUCUCACACUUCAAUUUUGAUAACUAUGUCUACGACCACAGCUGGGAAAUGGACGGGGAAUACAACUGGAAACUGCUAGCCGAUAACUACAAUGAGUGCUACCACUGCUUGACAGCGCAUCCGGACGUACCUGCGAUCGCAGAUCUCAGCACGUACGACGUGGACACCAAGGACGGCAGCAUUAUCCAUUUCGCCAACGCGAAACAGGAAACCAUCGAUGCCGGGCUUGAGAUCGCCAGCACUUACUACUUCCCUAAUGCGUCGAUGACUCGCUUCGUCCCGACAUCACCCACUCACUGUGAUAUGCGGUACGAGGUCUACCGCAAUAAGGACUCCGAUGAAAAAGACUUCCAGCAUAUCAAUGAGAUGUACAAGCGAAUCAUGUCGGAAGAUAAAUUCCUCUGCGAAGGAACGCAAAGAAGUCUGAAGACUGGUGUCUUUGUGAAUGGUCUCCUGCAUCCACAUAUGGAGAAGGGGCCUCUUUAUUUCCAAUCUGUGGUGCGCGAGAAGUUGAUGGAGCACUUUGAGCGUGAGCAAGAGGUCGGUUGUCGAAUCUGGCCUGCUCGGGUUGACGAGACGAAGGCUCGGAUGGAGCGUAUGGUUAAGAAGGGUACUAAGACGGAUGACCAUGCGUCGCUAGGGUAUGAGGAUGUGAAGUCGUCUACGGGGAUGACUACUCGAAUAACGGAGACUGCUGUCUUUUGA